GUUAUGAUAAACAAAAUCACUAUUCGCUGUAAGUCGAGCUUAUCUACUGAAACUCGAUUUUCGAACCUGGCAACGCUGCAGAGGAUUAAAAAUAUGGCUCUAACCUAUAAACAUACGUCAACAAUAUAAGCAAAGUAAGAAUAACAAACGGGGAAGAUGUUAUUUCUCUAUUAAAUCAACUAAUUGAACAAUGGCAUGGCUUCAAAAUCUGGCUGGACAUGCAGAGAAUCUGCUAAACAAAAUUGACCAGAAUGCUGCAACGGUUUUGAAUGAUGGAAACAAGCAAAGCUUUGAUGAAGAGAUAGCCCGAGAACUACAGAAGGAGCCUGAAAAAUUUCGAGGGCCUGUGAGAAAUUCCAGGUCUCCAACGCCCGAUAUUCCUUUAGAAGGUCCACUUGAGAGCAGUCCAGAUGUAUUCACAUCUGUGUGCGAGAACCAACGAACAGGGGCUGCCAUUGAAGAAAGCAAAACUGACAAGUCAGUGAAAAGUAAUCAUACAUCUGUAUCUUCCAAUUCAUUUCACAACAGUUUUCUGGUGAGCCAGGAACUAGAAGAAUUCCAGGCUAGAGUAGCCAAAUUGGAGCAAGAAAACCAAGAUGUUAAUAAGCAACUUCUCAACAUUCAGCAUUUAUACUCUGAAGUGAGAAAUGAAAAUGUUAAUCUGCAAUUCCAAGUGGAGAGAUUAAAUGAACAGCUUGCUUCGACUCAGCAUGAGAAAGAGCAAUAUAUUGCUAGAGCGCAGAGAGUGUUACAGGAAAAGGAAAAAUUAAUAACCAUGAAGCAGACAAGUGAUAAUAAUGAGACGGUUAAUAAUGACAUUUUUGCAUCGUACAACGAAGAGCUAAAAAAGGAGCUAGAAUUCCAACAAGGAAAAGUGUCAGAAUUAAACCAAAAAAACAUUAAACUGCUAAACGACUUACAGUCACUACAAAUGCAACAUCAGGUCAUUCAACAGGGCUUAAACAAAUCCAAUCAGUUACUAGAACAAAAUCUUCUCGGCGAGAAAAAGCUUAGAUCAAUUGCAGAAGAAGACUGUUCCCAGAAAAUUAAGGAGCUGGAAAAGAAAUCACAAGAAAUAAUCGAGUUGCAAAGCAGUUUAAAUCAAGCAAAUCAAGAAGUAAUGAAAUAUCGUCAAGCAUUGCAUAGAAAAUCUGAAUGCUCUGAAAAUGAUGAAUUUGAAAACAGAAUAAAGUCUUUGACACAGACAUUGAUGCUUAAGCAAAAUAAUUUAGAAACUGUUACUACUGAAAGAAAUGCUUUAAGGCUGCAGCUGGAGAAACUUGAGGCAGAGUUCAAGAGGAAUGUCGCUGAACUGAAGAGAGACCGGGUGAAAAUAAUCAAUGUACAAGAUUCAAAUGAUGGUUGGUUUAAUGUUUGGAACCACUGUAAAAGUUUAUUAGAGUUUUUAUUUACAGACAGCGUUUUAGUACCCAAUUUCAUGAGGGUUUUACCACAUGAUGCUGGAAUGACGCGACGAGUUAAACGCGCUUAUUCAACUCUAGAUGCAAUCAGUGUUAGAACUGGAAUCUUCUUAAGACGAUAUCCUUUGGCUAGAGUAUUUGUAUUUUCUUAUAUGGUGAUAUUACAUAUGUGGGUGUUUACAGUUCUGCUUUGGGAUGUGCCAUCCAACAGAUAAGUUUGAGGGUAUUCUUAUUAAACUAAUUUCAAGCUGUUACAUAAUAAAAUGCGUUGUUAUAUAAAUAAAAUAUAUUUUAAGCAAGUUAUUAAUACAUGAGUCCACUAUA